GAAGAUGGAGAGGGCAGCAAUCAGACACACACACACACACACAAAAACCUUUUUUCUUAUUUUAUGUUGCGAGGGGAAGAAGAAGAAGAAGAAAAAAGAUUUAAAUAGGACGGGGUCCCCAGGUGUGUUGAGGAAAGGUGUAAUAGCCUCGGGCGGCAUACCUUCUUGCAGGCCAGGUCCAAUCGGAGCCUUUCGCCGUAAGUCGAGAGCCCUGCGGCCAAGUUCAAAUCACCCGCCCUAGCCCCCACCACCACCACCACCAGCCGCCGCCGCCAAACUACUACGACGACGAGAGUUGUAGCCCUUUGCUCAUAGGUGUACCUCUCCUCGGGUUUGGGUUGGUGGUGAACCCAGCGCUUUCCAUCAGUUCCCAAACGAGAGUUCUAGCCGACUGCCGUUUGUUUGCCUCCCAAAACCGAAUCAUGUGUUACAGCUCCGCACCGAGUGAUUGAAUUUUUGAAAUCCGCCAAAAGUUUUUCUCGCCAAUUUCGUUGGAAAAGUUUGUCGAGUUUAAAUCGAAAGAAAAAAAAUGAGGCUCGAAAGGAAUAUAGCACGACAUCCGCUCUUCCAAGUCACCAAGGUUUUGUGGCAUUUGGACAUUUUCAGAAGAAGUUUCCGCGACCUGACCGGUCACGCUUGCCUCGGCGAAUCGUGCAUCUUUUGUGCCCUGAAGGAAUUGUUUGCGCAAUUGCAGUACAGCCAUGAAUCAGCUCUGCCGCCGGACGCGCUCCGGCGGGCAUUGGCCGAAACAUUUCUGAAUCAACAGAGAUUCCAGCUCGGUUUCAUGGACGAUGCAGCUGAAUGCUUUGAGAACAUUUUACUUCGAAUUCAUUUCCAUUUGGCCAGCAACGAGGCCGAGGACCAAUGCGCAGCUGGGCAUUGUAUCCCCCACCAAAGGUUCGCCAUGACCUUGGUGGAACAGUCCGUCUGCGCCGCUUGUGGCGCCACUUCCGAACCUUUGCCUUUCACUCAGAUGGUGCACUACGUCUCGGCGUCGGCGCUGACGUCACAGGCGCGCCAGCCACCCAAUUUGAUGGAGCCGGGUUCGCCGGCCGGAUUAUUCGGUCGUUUGCUGAGACAGGCGGGCGGGAUGGGCGACAUUCGUGAUUGCCCGAGCGCUUGCGGCGCCCAAAUUCAAAUUUGCCGAACUCUGACGAACCGGCCGCAAAUCGUCUCGGUCGGCGUCGUCUGGGACUCUGAGCGACCGCAGCUGGAUCACAUCAUGUCCGUCUUUGCCCUGGUGGGCACCAGCCUCCAGCUGCGGGACGUCUUCCAGUCGGUGCUGGACUCACGCUGGGCUGAGUUGACCACCCACCGGCUGGUGGGCGUCGUCACUUACUACGGCAAACAUUACUCCACCUUUUUCUUCCACACCAAACUCCAGCUGUGGAUCUACUUUGACGACGCAUCCGUCAGCGAGGUGGGGCCCGACUGGCAGCACGUCGUCGACAAGUGCCGGCGCGGACAUUUCCAGCCGCUUUUGCUCCUCUACGCAGAUCCGGAAGGGACGGCCGUGCCGACGGCCACCGCUCCUUCGGCCGUCACUCCGGUCGGAGCCAAACCGCGUCAUCAUCAAUACGGAUCACUUUCCAGGCCCAGGAGCAUCACGCCCAAUCCGGUGCCGGUCCAGCAGCAGCAGCAGCCAAGCUAUAACGGCCGCAGGGCCAUCACGCCCAACAUGGAACUCAUCCAGCACUCGCUCAACAGGCGGCCUGCUCCGUUGCCACAGCAACAGCAGCAGCAACAGCCAGACUAUCGCGACUAUCAAAACAUUUCGGACCUGGAAGGCAUUUUCCAUCAGCCGGACGAAGUCUUCCACGAGCCGGUUUACAUCCAGCGACAAACGGUCGAAUCCAUUUUGAGGGCCCAGCAGCAGCAGUCGAACGUUUCCAGCGAUCCUGAUCUCAAGAUCGCCAUGCUCGCCGGUGCCAAUUUGCCAAGAUCGAGAGAUUCCGGCAACUGGAGUGGGGACCGAAACAGCGCAUCCUCUUCAUCCAGCACUUCCAUGGACAAUCCUUACCUCUACAUUAUGAACAGAAAUCAAAGACCGCAGAGUAGCAGUUCGACCAAUAGUUCUCCAUCGAAGCCGGGCGAUCCCAACGCUUUACCCAACCAGCACCUGGGCGCUUUCCACGGCGAUCCUGGAUACGAUUCCUAUUCUUUAUCGUCCAACGACAGUUACCCGUUGCAGCAGAGUCUGAAACAUACCCUCCAGUUAUCCCAGAUUCCCGAGGGCGGUCACAACAGAUGGCAGACCCGAGUGCCUGGGCCGUAUCCACCGGCUGAUGCUGGUGGAGCCGACGAGUGUGAAAGGCUUUGCCUCGAGGCGGAUCACCUGCUGGAGCGGUCGAGAGUGCAGGAAGAUCAAGGCGACCUGGAAGGGGCUUUCAAUCUGUGUCAAUCGGCGGCCCAGCGCAGCCGGGCUGCCAUGGAUGCCCCUUACAACAAUCCGCAGACGCUCGUCUUUGCCCGGAUGAAACACAACACGUGCGUCAUGCGGGGGCGGAGCCUCCACAGGCGACUUUUGCAGGCGCGACAGUCUGCCGGAUUCUACGACGGAUCGACGGCCGUUCACAAUGGCGUCGCCGUUAUGCCCAGCAUCGACGAGCCGAGACACAGUCGCCAGAGCAGCCGCGAUUCCAAUCGCAGCGUCCGCCAACAACCGACUGUCCAGGCUGUCCCGCCCACUCCGUCCGCUCCUUCGUCCAACACUCAGCCCGGAAGCGUCGGGAAGAACAUUGAAAUUUACGCCACUUUGCCGAAAAAGAAGGGCAAGAAAGCGGCCGAAAUGCUCCGUGAAGCCGAAACGACACAACAACAGCAGCAACAACAACAACAACCGGAGAGGCAGAGUCGAUCGGGUGUUGUUGCCGGAUUCGCUGGCGCCAUGAUGCGCCGGGAGAGGGCCAAGAGUGAGGAUCGCAACAAGAGCAAACCGGUUCCCAUUCCGUCGGUGGCCAGUGUGGCCCAGGACGACCUGGAAAUGAUGGGAGGCGACGGAUCGAGCGACAACUCGUCCAGGUCGCCCGGCAAGAAGCAGCACCGCAUCCGGCGGAGGCUUCUCAUGGGCGGGCUCAUCAAACGGAAGAACCGAAGUUUGCCCGACCUGAGAGCCGACGACGACGACGGCCAGGAAGAGCCGCAACAGGAGCUGGAAGAGGAUGACUAUAUCGGUUUACCUCCGCCGCCAGAAGACUCCAGCAAUCCCAAUUUGGAGAAGAGCAAAUUGAUGAUGAGGAGGAGUUUCCACUCGAGUCUGGGCCGGAAUUUACUGCCGCAACCCAUCGGCCUCAACAAAGUACCUCCGCCGCCGCCAGUCCGGAAAACAUCCCACCUGACUCCGGCGCCUCCGCAAUUGCCGUUCUACGAUAAUUACGCCGAGAGUCAAAUCACCGUCCAUGCGGACAUUCACCACGAGCGGACGCAUAGCGAUUUGGCCUUCCCCGCUCCACACGAUCCGCUUCCGCCUUAUCCGGUCGUCGAACACGUCCGGCAAGCCAGCGACGAUUUCCCACCACCUCCUCCGCCGCAGGAAUUGCAGUUACUCAGUUGCGAUCCUGAACUGAUGGCGCCGGAAGAAGAAGAAGAAGAAGAAGUGGAGCCUAGCGGAUUAUUAGCCGAACUCCAAAGGAAGCGGAAGGAAAUCCUGGGCGCCGGAAACAUGCCGCCACCUAUGGCACCGAUCGUCCCCUCCGCUCCGUCAUCUUCGGCAGCCAAUCCGCCGAAUCAUUGGCUGAGAGAACUUCAAAAUACUUUGCAAAACAAGAAGAUGGGAGUGGCCGCUCCGGCAGUGGCCCCUCAGCCCGUACCUGCGGCUCUUCCGACGGAAGAGACGGUCAAUAAAUCUGUCCGGAAACUGGCGUCCCGUUUCGAACAAGCUAGAAUCUCUCCAGUGACUUCAUGUGAUGUCGUCGAUCACGCUCCUCCUCGCGUCCAACCACCCGUAGUACCUUGCCAACAACAACAACAACAACAACAACACCAGCAGCCACCCAAGGCUCCUGUAGCGUCUCUACCACCUGCGGCUCCUGCCGGAAUUUUGGAUCGUAAGAGACGAUCGGGUGACGGACAGAGUAAAAAGAAGAGCGUGACGUUUUGCGACCAAGUGAUUUUGGUCUCGACGGCCGAAGACACCGAACAGGAUGAGACGUAUGUUCCCAAUCCGAUCCUCCAGCGAGUACUCCGCUCGGCUUUCCAACAGGAAAUGGUCAAAGAUGUUGGCCAGCAGCGAACGGAAUCGAAUCAGCCACUGGUUUCGCCCACUUUUAAUAAUGGAACGGAUGAAGUGGAUCGCCAAUCCUUGAGGCCUCCUAUGCCGCCUUAUCAAAAGUUGCCCGUCAACAGCCAGGCCUUCCAGCAAUCUCAUCACUACGCCCAGCAACAACCUCAGCAGCAUUACCAGCAGCAGCAACAACAAUACCAACAACCAUCGGGACAGCCGAUGCGGAAUGGUUACGGCGUUCCGCCUUCACCGAUGAUGGGCCAGAGGAUAGGACCACCAUCCAGCGCAGGUGCUCCUCCAUCUUACGCUCCGCCUCCGCAAUAUCCGCACCACGCCAGAGUGCGCUUCCAGCCGCAGCCAACGGCCAAUAACAACAACAAUAACAAUCUGACCCAAAAUCUGACGAUGAAAACGAAUUACCCGCCGCAACAGCAUCCGGAUCAGCAGAGUAGGCCGCAGCAAAUGGUCCAGCCGAAUGCCGGUUCGUGGCAACAACAACCGCAACAACAAGGGCCGAUGCCAUCCAGUAGCGCUGGAUUCACUCCGUGCAGCCUUUGCGGGAAGAAGCAAGUGCCGUCCAAUUUUCAAUAUUGCUCCGAUUGUCAAUUUUACAUGCAACGGUUCCAGCCGAAAGCGUGAGCUUGGCCAACUGGAUCGUGAACAAAAAUUUACUAUUAUUUUAUUGAAGUAUUUUGUUAUUAUCCAAUCUGCAAUUGUUUUAACUCGAGAUAUUAAUCCAUGAUUUGGUUGAUCUCCUAGCACACGAUAUCUGCGCCCAACUUUUUUAAAUUGUAUUAAGCAGAUAGCUGUGCGUGUUUUAUUCCUUUUGUUUGGAUUGUUUUUUCGCCACCACAUUAAAUGACCGAUCUGAUUUUCAUCAAAAUAAUUUUUUUAGCUCUGAAAUUAUAAGUAUCUCUGUGUAACUCUGUGUAUCUCACAUUUUGCUUGUACAUAACGUGCCAAAAUUUGUUUUAUGUACAUUUACGAAUGCUUAAGACAAAUAUAAUACGAGAAUCGUAUUUCUAUACAAAA